AUGGGAGCCGGCGCCUCGGCCAUCUCCGCCCUGCUCUGCGGCGCGGCCGCGGCCGCCCUGCUGCUGCGCUGGCGCGGGAGGAGCGGGCUCCGCCGGGCGGUGGCCGAGGCUGGCCGGCGGCGGCAGCUGGCGCUGGGGCGGAUGGAAGAGGCCGCGGGGCGGUUUCGGGAGCAGAAUCCUGAUGUAGAGGCGGAUCCCAUCCUGUCUCUCUCCUUGGUGGAGCUCUCUGAGAAACUCCGGGACGGUUCCCUUUCCCCAGACUGGGUCUUCUAUACUUACAUGGACAAGGCCCUGCAAGUGACCAAGGAAAUCAACUGUGUGACUGAUUACCUCCAGGAGUCUGAGUCCCAGCUUCAACAAGUGAAAAGACAGAAGAAGAAGGACUUGCUGUAUGGGGUCCCAGUCAGUAUAAAGGAUUCCAUUAACUGUAAGGGCCACGAUUCCACCCUGGGGCUUGUGAAACGUCUCAAUCAGCCUGCUGCUGAGGACUGCGUGGUGGUGCAGGUGUUAAAGAGACGGGGGGCACUUCCAUUUGUGAAGACCAACGUUCCCCAGUCCCUGUUAAACUAUGACUGCAGUAAUUUAAUCUUUGGCCAGACAGUGAACCCUCUGGACCACAGCAAAACGCCUGGCGGCUCCUCUGGAGGAGAAGGGGCGCUGAUUAGCAGCGGCGGAUCCAUCCUGGGCAUUGGGACGGAUGUAGGAGGAAGCCUCCGUAUUCCAGCAGCCUUCUGUGGGAUUUGUUCGCUCAAAGCCACUGGAGGCAGACUGAGCAAGAAAGGAAUGGUCUCCAGUAUUCCGGGGCAGAAAUCAGCUGUAGUAGGGGUGGGGCCAAUGGCGAGGGAUGUGGACAGCCUGGUUCUGUGCAUGAGGGCACUCCUGUGUGAAGACAUGUUCCACCUGGACCCCACCGUGCCGCCGGUGCCCUUCAACGAGGAGGUGUUCUCCAGCUCACGGCCCCUCCGCGUAGGAUAUUACGACACUGAUUCUUUUACAAUGCCAGGUCCUUCCAUGAGACGAGCGGUUUUGGAGACCAAGCAGCUUCUGGAGAACGCAGGCCAUACGCUGGUGCCAUUCAAACCCUGUCGUAUUGAACACCUUAUGUUUGAUAUUUCUGUAAGAGGAUUGUUUGCAGACGGGUGCUCCACCUUUUUGGACCGCUUGCAAGGGGAACUAGAAGAUCCCAACAUUAAACAGUUACUUCUGUUGUCUAAAGCACCAGGCUGGCUAAGAAGUCUCUUGUCCUGGAUUAGCAAACCAAUAGUGCCUAGAUUAGCAAAAGUCCUGGGAAACAUGAACGAGAGGUCAGUGAAAGAACUCUGGAAACUUCAUUGUGAGAUUGAGGAGUAUUGCCAAGAAUUCAUCACCGAAUGGAGGAAGCUGGACCUGGAUGUGAUGCUGUGUCCGGUUGUGGGCCCUGCUUUUCAGGUUGGAUUUCCUGGGAAGCUCUCAGUGGCAGCGAGUUACACUAUUUUGUAUAACUACUUGGACUUCCCCGCCGGGGUUGUGCCUGUCACUGCGGUGACGAAGGAGGAUGAGGAAGAGCUGAAGAACCACAGAGGACACUAUAACGAUUGGUGGGACAAGGUCUUUGUAAAGGCUAUCCGGGGAGGCGUGGGGCUGCCCGUGGCGGUGCAGUGCGUGGCUCUGCCAUGGCAGGAGGAGCUGUGCCUGCGGUUCAUGAAGGAGGUGGAGACGCUGACCCGAAGGAGGCAAAGAAACCUUUGAACGACGGGGAAGAUGGAACGCUGCUGGGUACAAUGUUCUUCGUCUGUGCCAGCCAGCCAUCUGCAUCAAACAGCGAUGUUAAUGGCACAACCUUGGUUUCAAUAAAUAACUUGAUAGUGCUU